AUGGCGACAGAGUUCGAGGACGUGCUCACAAACCAGCCUGUGGUCAUCGACAAUGGCUCAGGCACUAUAAAAGCCGGAUUUGCAGGGGACGAUCAUCCAAAAUGUUAUUUUCCCUCCUUCGUUGGCCGACCAAAAUAUACACGAGUCCUCGCUGGUGCUAUAGAGGGCGACACGUUCAUCGGGCGCAAAGCGCAAGAAGUGCGUGGGCUGCUCAAGAUCGCUUACCCGAUGGAGCACGGGAUCGUACAGAACUGGGAGGACAUGGAGAAGAUCUGGAGUCAUGUGUACUCUGAAGAGCUGAGUACGCUGAGUGAGGAGCAUCCCGUGCUGCUCACAGAAGCACCUCUAAAUCCGAGAAGGAAUCGGGAGAUCGCUGCACAGAUCUUCUUCGAGACGUUCAACGUGCCCGCUUUCUUCACCUCCGUGCAAGCCGUGCUCGCGCUCUACGCGUCUGGGCGCACGACAGGGAUCGUACUCGACAGCGGGGAUGGAGUGACGCAUGUCGUUCCUGUAUUCGAGGGAUUUAGCAUGCCUCACGCUAUCCAGCGCGUGGAUAUCGCAGGGAGGGACGUGACGGAGUACCUGCAGGUGCUGCUCCGGAAAAGUGGACACUACCUGCACACGACGGCGGAGGUAGAGGUCGUCAGACAGAUCAAGGAGAGGUGCUGUUAUGUCGCGCUGAACCCGGCAAAGGAGGAGAAAGAACAGCAGGGGAAACAGGAGGAAUUCAAGCUUCCGGAUGGAAAUGCGAUCAUGCUGGGCAGCGAGCGUUUCCGAGCACCGGAGAUCUUGUUCAACCCUGAGCUCAUCGGGCAAGAAUACGACGGUGUCCAUCAAGUAGUGGUCAACAGUAUCCAACGAGUCGAUCUCGAUCUGCGCAAGGCGCUGUACAGCAACAUCGUCCUCUCCGGCGGGUCUACACUUUGCCGCGGGUUUGGCGACAGGUUGCUGAACGAAGUGCGAAAGAAUACGAUCAAGGAUAUGAAGAUCAAGAUCUUUGCUCCGCCCGAGAGGAAGUACAGCACCUGGAUCGGGGGGAGUAUCUUAGCCGGGCUGAAUACCUUCAGGAAGAUGUGGGUUAGCGCCGAGGAAUACCGCGAGGAUCCAGAGCUUAUCCAUUCGAAAGCCGGCGGGCUAUAGCCGCGGGCACCAGGUCUCCGCACGCACACACUGGCGGGACCAUUGGGACGGCGCUUUAUCUCUCGCGGUAUGUUGGUGUGGUUGGGAAGGGAAAGCUGUCGGCGAUCGGCGGCGGCGAGACCUUCCCGGGGCGGGGUGUAUACAUGAGAAAGGGCGGGGGAGCGCCAUGAGGCGGGAUCGGGCCUAUCGGGCAGUUACCAUUGUCCUCCACACAGACCGGGACACUCAGCAAGGUACAAGGGCCAUUGUGGGUCGAACACAUACAUACCUUAUUUGCAGCAUUGUAAUUUUUGUAAUGGC